AUGUCUCUGUUACAGCCUCUCCGUCAGUGUCAUGAGCUCUCCCUCAGCCACAAUCCUUCUCCUUCAGUGCUGCCAUCUCUGAGCUGCAGCCAUGGGCUUCAAUGAUAUCCUGGAGGAUGUCGGAAGUAUGGGCAAGUUCCAAAUCAUCCACAUUUUGUUGCUGACAUCCCCAUCUCUGCUCCUGACCAUGCACAACCUGCUUCAGAACUUCCUGGCCGCUGUUCCUGAUCAUCACUGCAGGAUCCCUUUGGAAGUGAAUGACUCGAGGUACGCCAAUGUCACGGGGAGGCUGCAGACGGAGGAACUUCUCCGGGUUUUCAUCCCUCUGGACCAGGACCAACAGCCGGAGAAAUGCCUGAUGUACUCCUCACCUCAAUGGCACCUUCUGGAUCUCAACGGGACGCACGCAAACGUGACUGAGUACCACACGCAGAAGUGCACUGACGGGUGGACCUAUGACAACUCUAAGUUCAAAGCCUCGACGGUUACAGAGUGGGACUUGGUGUGCGAUCAGAGGUCGCUGAGAUGGAUCACACAAUCGAUAUACAUGGCUGGAUUGCUGGUGGGAGCCAUGGUGCUGGGCAGGCUUUCUGACAAGUUCGGGAGGCGGAGUCUCCUGCUGUGGUCCCACUUCCAGAUGGCAGUGUCGGGAACCUGCGCUGCGUUCUCCUCCUCCUAUCCCUUGCUCUGCUUCUGGAGGUUUCUCUGUGGGAUGGCAACAUCGGGGCUGAUCCUCAACGCUUUCUCCCUGCGGGUUGAAUGGAUCCCAACAAGAUUUCGAACCUCUGUUGAAAUGAUUAGUAAUUACGUUUACACUACUGGUCAAAUGACCCUGGCUGCUGUAGCUUACGGAAUCCAACACUGGCGCUGGAUUCAGUUGACACUCUCUGUACCAUUUUCCGUCUUCUUCUUUUAUUCCUGGUGGUUGCCAGAAUCUGCUCGUUGGCUCAUUCUGAACGACAAGGCUGACGUCGCUCUAGAACAGCUCAGGAGGGUAGCCAAGACAAACGGCAAGGAGGUUAAAGGGAAAGAACUCACUCUCGAAAUUCUCAAGUCGAGUAUGAAAGAUGAGCAGCUAACUACCAAGAACAAGCACGGUGUACUGGACCUCUUCCGGACUCCUGUUAUACGCAAGAUAGCCUGUUGUACCAUGCUUGCUUGGUUUGCAACGGGUUUUGCCUAUUACGGGUUAGCGAUAGACCUGCAAGGAUUCGGAGUUGAUAUUUACCUCAUCCAGUUCAUUUUUGGAGCCGUCGACGUUCCAGCGAAGUUUAUUGGUUUCAUUUCCAUGAGUCUGAUCGGAAGACGGUUCACACACAGCACAUCCCUUAUCCUCGCGGGGUGCGUGAUUGUGGCGAACAUCUUCGUCCCCAAAGAGUUAAAUGCCUUACGCACGUCACUUGCUGCUAUUGGGAAGGGGUGUCUAUCUACAGCUUUCAGCUGUUGCUAUCUCUAUUCAGGUGAACUCUACCCUACAGUGGUCAGGCAGACGGGAAUGGGGCUCGUGAGCACGACGGCCCGUGUGGGGGCCAUGAUAGCGCCUAUCGUAAGGCUGAGCGGCGACUACGUCUCGUUUCUGCCCAUGACCAUAUACGGCGGUGUCGCAAUCGUUGCCGGAGUAGCCAUCUGUGCCCUGCCCGAGACACGCAACAACCCUUUGCCGGAGACCAUCGAAGGAAUCGAAAACAGAGCAAUAAAAAGUGCUGAAAAAGACAAGGAUUCCAAGAGGAGUGAUAUUUCACUCCAUGAAACACACCAAUCACUGAUGAAACAGACUGUGUAACCAGGUGCGGCUCACUCCCAACUAUCAGCCCUCCGAGCAGAUAAAUGCAACAGACAUGUUGUAAUCUAUGUCCUCUUUUUCACAACAAGCACUUAAUAAAGCAUUCUCAACCUUCAAUAUUUCUAAAUUGUACUUUAAACACGAGAUAACUGAAGCGAUAAGAUAAAUCUAAAAGGAUGAACAACACGCAAAAGGCAGCCUCCGUCCAAUUUCAUACCUGUUUUUUAAGAAAUAUCAUUGUGUCCCACACUAUCACAUUGUUACCCUCAGCUUAAUUGUUAAAAAUGGAUUUUGAAUUAAACAACGCUCAACUGGGAUCAAUCUUUUAGAUUUGAUUUGAUUGAUUAUUGUCACAUGUACAGUGAAAAAUUCUGUUUUGCAUGGAGUACAGACAGACCAUACCACACAAAGAGCAUUUGGGUGAUAAAGCAGAGCACGGAGUACAAUGUUACGGUGCACAAAGAGUGAGAACAACAUGAGUUUAAAAUUUGAGAGGGCCGUUCAUGAGGCUGAUAACAGCGGGGAAGAAGCUGUUCUUGAACCUGUCGGUCCGUGUGUUUGAGCUUUUGUCCCUCCUGCCUGAGGGAAGAGGGUGGGAGAGAUUAUAACCGGGGUGGGAGGGCUCUCUGAUGAUGUCGGCUGCCUUCCCGAGGCAGUGGGGAGUGUAGAUGGAGUCGGUGGGGGGAAGGUUGGGUUUGUGUGAGGGACUGGGCUGCCUUUCCAAUCCCAGACUGUGCAGAAUCAUCUUGGUGGGGAUAACGCACUUGCUCUCAGUCCCUGUCCUGUAACUGUGAAGGCAGACAGCCAUCAUAAAAAAUGUUGCCAAAUAGAGGUAAACGUUUGUCAAUGUUCUUUGAUUGUCCAUUGUAUGUCUCAAUGCAAUGUUAUUAAACUGAAUUGAAACAAA